AUGUCUUGUCCAUUUCUUAAUUGUUUUUCAAAAACUUUUGUUAAAAGAUAUGGAACCAUAUUGUCUGCCAAUUUUGAAAAAUAUUGCCCCGUUGUGGGAUCUUAUUACUGCACGUUACCAUCUGAAAAAAAGGUAGAAAAGAAUCCUGUUCAGAAAUGUCCAUUUUUAGCAAACUCAACUCAAUCAAAAAUAAUCAAAGAAGCUAAUGAAGAAUGCCAAGAGGAUUUGAUUUUAAAAAAAAAAGAAAUUUCAAUAAAAUCAAGUUUUGAUUAUGAACAAUUUUUUCAUUCUCAAAUAUUAAAAAAAAAACAAGAUCAUUCCUACAGAGUUUUUAAAAAAGUCAAUCGGUUGGCUCAAAGUUUUCCAUCUGCCCUGGAAUAUACUGGCAAGAAAAAAACUGUGACUGUUUGGUGUUCAAAUGAUUAUUUAGGAAUGUCAAGACAUCCUCAAGUGAUAGCGGCUGUAAAAAAAGCAUUGGAAAACCACGGAACGGGAGCCGGUGGAACGCGUAAUAUAUCGGGAAAUUCUCUUUUUCAUGAAAAUCUUGAAGAAGAAAUUUCUCGAUUGCAUCAAAAAGAAUCUGCACUUUUGUUCACUUCAUGUUUUGUCGCUAAUGAUUCUACAUUAUUUACACUAGCAAAGGCUCUUCCUGGUUGCCAUGUUUUCUCUGACGCAGGUAAUCAUGCUUCCAUGAUUCAAGGUAUUAGAAAUAGUCGAGUACCGAAGCAUAUUUACCGUCAUAACGAUGCUGAUCAUCUAAAUGAAAUGUUGUCUACGGUAGAUCGUGAAAUUCCAAAAAUAGUGGCUUUUGAAACAGUACAUUCCAUGACUGGUGCAGUUUGUCCUUUAAAGAAAUUAUGUGAUGUUUCACAUAAACAUGGUGCUUUGGUUUUUGUUGAUGAAGUCCAUGCGGUUGGUUUAUACGGAGAACAUGGAGCCGGUAUCGGCGAAAGAGACAACCAGCUUAACAAUAUGGAUAUUAUAUCAGGCACAUUAGGAAAAGCAUUUGGAAAUAUAGGAGGUUACAUAGCAGGAUCCAAACAUCUCAUCGAUAUGAUACGCUCCUAUGCGGCAGGAUUUAUAUUUACGACGUCUCUUCCACCGGCAGUAUUAGCGGGAGCUAGAGAAUCGAUUAAAAUUCUUCGAUCAUACGAAGGUGCAGUCCUGAGGGAAAUGCACCAACAAAACGUUAGAUUGUUGAGAAAUAAAUUGCAAGAAGCUGGUCUUCCAUUAGAACACACUCCAUCUCACAUAAUUCCAAUUCGUUUGGGUAAUGCUGAAAAAUGUACUCUCGUAUCGGAUAUUUUACUUCGAGACUACGGUCACUACGUUCAAGCCAUUAAUUAUCCGACCGUACCUGUGGGACAAGAAAAAUUGCGUUUAGCUCCGACACCGUUUCACACAAAACAAAUGAUUGAGAUUUUAGUGAGGGACAUGAUUUCAGUUUUUAAAAAGUUAAACAUUCCAACAUUUUCUAAUAAUAAUAUUUGUCCGAACGAAUGUUCUUAUUGCAAAAAACCUUUGCUAUUUAAAAAGCAAGAAUCGAAAAUAAAUAAUUAUUCUAAUUUAAAUAAUUGUUGCGAAUUACCAAACUGUCCUCAAAUUCAAAAAAUUCCCGCAUCGAUUUAA